CGUAAUAAAGCUGGCUGCCACCUACCGCUGUUUUCAGUGAGGUUGAAGCCUGCCCUCAGGCACCAUAGCUGUGCCACACCAUGGUCCAGGGGGCUAGACGGGACAUGCCAGGAACUGUGAGGAGCAACAGCGACACUGUGAAAGUUGGCCCAGAACAGGAAGGGACUGUACCCUGGAAAGGUUUCGGACUACAUGAUCCGGCCGGUGGGCUGAGCCAAAGGAGACCUGCAGAAGUAGGCUGACAGCUUCCUGGGAGCUGCAGAGUGGUAGUACUAUGUCUGGAUCCUAGGGGGUGCUCAAAGAGGUUUUGUAUAAACUGUUUACAAACCAUGACUCUCCAUGUUCCAUACGUAAGCUGAUAAAGCAUCUAUGCACUUUAUUCUCCUAUCUCUGCCAGUUUGCUAGUAUAAGUGUGAGCCCGUGUCUUGAAUUUUUGGAUACAAAGACUUACUAGCCAAAGUCUCAUUCUUGCCUUAGUAAUGUUCCAGAGGCUGAAUAAUAUGUUUGUGGGAGAGAUCAAUAACUUGUCCAGCCAAGAGCCAGAGUUCAGUGAAAAAGAAGAUGAUGAAUGGAUUCUGGUUGACUUUAUAGACACUUGCACUAACUUUUCAACAGAAGAAGCAGACAUCAGUGAAACAUCAGCUGCUGACCACUCCCCAGUCUUUUCUUGUUUACCGACUUCCUUAGAGUGUUUGGCUGAUGCCAGCGAGUCUUGCUUCAUCCAGUUUGACUCAUGUCCCAUGGAGGAGAGCUGGUUUAUUACCCCUCCCCCAUGUUUUACUGCAGGUGGAUUAACCACUAUCAAGGUGGAAACCAGUCCUAUGGAGAACCUUCUAAUUGAACAUCCCAGCAUGUCUGUAUAUGCUGUCCAUAAUACCUGUCACAGUCUAAAUGAGACUAGCUGUGGAGAUGAGGCGUUUCAUAAUCCGAGUAGUCCAAGAAUGGAAGCACGAAAUGAAAUGGGGCAGCAUAUUCAUUGCUACGUUGCCACUCUUGCUGCUCACUCAAGUUUUCUGGAACAAACCAAGAGUUUUCGUCCGACCCAGUGGGUAAAAGAACAUAACGAAAGACACCAUCUCAAUAGAAACAGUCUCCGUCGCCAAAAUCUUACCAGGGAUUGCCACUCUCGGCAAAUCAAGCACAAUGGAUUGUUUGUUCACCAGCCUUGCCAGCGUCAGUACAAUUACUGAAGGCUUUUGAGGUUUUAAUCCUAUCGGUUAAUUGUUCUUAGCUUGCUCUUGUUUUAAUGUAUAGAUCAUGAAGGUGUGAUCAAUCAUUUGAAUACAAUCGUGACUAGUGUUAAUUAGUUUGAAACCACAUUUACAUAUAGUGUAUCACAAAAUGCCUUGCUAUAGGUCCUAAAUGGUUAUCUUAAAUAUUUCAGUGUUUUGGAAAUGUGUGUGAGUGUGGUUUUUAACUUUGCUACGACGUUUGGAUGGGUUUUUAAAGAAAAUUCUAACAAAGAUGGAACAUGCAUUCUUCAGUCGUAUGAAGUUACAAAAUUAUUGGGGUCAACCAUACACUUUAAUAACCAGUGCUUUUGACAGCUUUGUAUGUCUGUAUAUACUGUGUACACAGUUAUACUCUAACAUAAGCAUUAAAAGGCUAUAGUUGCCAAUGGAUUUGAAGUAGAUGUCACUAAACUCUUAUUGAAAGAAGGAUAACUCUAGAUUUAAUCUAAACUAGAUAUUAUCUACUUUCAUUAAACAGUUACUUCAUAUAAGCAGCAGAAGAGAGUAAAAUGUCCACCUGAUAAUACUGAAAUAAGAGGUGGCACGAAUGUCCCAGGUAUUGGAGAGGGACAAACUUUGUGCCUUUAUAUGGAGUGAAAUGAAAAGUAGACCUAUGGGUUAUUAAAUAUAGACACUUAACCCAAAGAUUCCAUCAGUAUUUUAGAUCAUGCUCUUUUUUUUUUCCUUUUUUCUUUUUUCCUGUCUCCGCUUUUCUUUGGGAGAGGAUGCAUCCAUUACAUACCUCCCAAAACUUGGUUUAGUUUAUCUGUAGUCUGAUCCAAGGAGAAAGGGCUAGACUGACUGCCUUCUGUAAUAGGUCCAUCCAUAGCUGAAACACCUUCUACAGAACCUAUUCUGGUGGAUGGCAAGUACGGAUGGGUUUCUGAGCUGCUGAUUACUGCCUCGAAUAAAUCAAUUCAUUUCAAGUGAUAGAUUAGGAAUGGCUCACAAACCACUGGAUGGAAAACCUGUUUCCAGAUGAGGUCUUGCACCCUUCCCAAUUCUUUCCCAAUGAGAGAAUGACAUUGAGGUGGCCAUGCCUGGAAGUGAUGAAAGGCAUAACAUUAUAAAAACAUUCUAACACUACUGGUCUUCCGGAAUUAAGCAGUGCUAGGAGGGUAUAUAAAAGUGGAGAUGUAGGAGCUAUAUUAACAGUGGAUAUUUCAUUGCUCAUGUGGCAUAAAAGCAGAAAAAUAUCUAACUUGAUGUCUAUAAAAUUAACUAGUGGGGGAGAGGGGAAAGUACAGAACAUUAAACAUUCUCUUAAAAAAGUUAUUAAAAUCUUGCAUGAUCUUCUGGAAGAAAGCAUGCCUUGAAAGGCAAAGGUACCAAAUUUGACAGUGCAGAUACUUCCAGACAGCCACACUACAAAAUCAACCGUGAUAGAUAAUUGGAGUAAAUCAAGGAACAGGGGAGAACAGUGAAGCUUUACUCUUCCUCUUUUGUUUCCAGUACUUCAUCUGUGAUCACUGCUUUUCCUGCAUUUGCUGCUAAGGCAUAUCAAUGUUAGUCACAUUCAACAGUGUCUUCCAGCUGAAAUCAUGUGGAAAAGCCUCAACACUAUAAAACAUGUAUAUGGUUGGCUUUAAUUUUUGUGAUUAGAUGAAACCAAUAAUGCUUAAGAAUUAUUUCAAACCUAUGAAAUGUUAUUUGAAAUAUGGCCAAAUGUUUCAAUUUUGCUGAUACAAAAACCUAAUGCCUUGUAGUAAUCUUGCAGUAUGAGUAGCACUGCAUAUAAUAGAUGCAGCCUGAACUCUUGUGGAGAGUAAUCUUCCUAAUCCUGUAGCAAAUAGCCUUCUGGUCCCCAAUUCCCUUCAAAUACUCCAUUUUUUCCUGGUUUUAGUUAACAGUUAAACUGCCAUGUGUAUCUAUAAAUGUAGCACUAUCUACGUUGCUUUUGUUUGUACUCCUGUCAUCUUACUGGGGUAUAUUCCUAGAAAUGCCGGGAAGUCAUCUAGUCUAGCCCCCUGCACUUAGCCUGGAUCACCGCUGAAAGGUGUUCAGUCUAACCUGUUCUUUACAAUUUCCAGUGAUAUGGAACAUAGGUUUUUCUUUGAGUGAUUGUGUGAGUCUAAGUGCUUAAUGCCAAUUCAGAAUGUAGAUGAUUUAUGAUCUUACCUCUUCUUUUUUUAGUCAUGCAUAUCCAUAUAUAUAUAUAUAUAUAUAUACAAUGAUAUUUUCCUCUGGGCUAGAAACUCUCAAUUAUUUAUCCAAGAAUAAUUUUGUAGCUUCACCAAUCUCAAUUCCUAGUGUAUCUCUUUCAUUUGCUCACUGAGAUCUUAAUGUUGCUUCUGGUAUCAUUCCUUUUCAUUUCAACAUUUCCUCUGUCCUUCUUUCAUCUCUCCCCUUUCCCCCCCCCCCCCACUUACUUUCCAGCUCAGGAGACUCCUUGCUUUAAUUUUUCUCUUCCUAAAUAACUAAUUUCCUUCAGCUUUAAUUUUCCUAAAGUUUAAAUGAAGGAAGAUGGCAUCUCCACCUCCUUUGAAUUAAAAGGGUUUUGUAAUUCUUUAACUUUUUAAUGGGGGGGGGGGGAGUGCAUGGCUCCCAAGCAUUAUAAGUGGAGCCGCCUUUUUUCAGUUGGCAAGUAAACGCAAUGUUAGACUGCUCCUAAAAACUGGGAGAUACUAAUCUUUUUUUAUACUAUAUUACUGGAUAACUUUCUAGUGAUGAAAUCCUAUAUCUUUCAGGAUAUAAACUUUUUUGUUGCACAAAAGCUGUGCCUCUCAAUUCUUAAUAUUGGAAACCAUGCUAUAUUGUAUGAGAGAUAGAUAUCUCUAUCUAUCAAUACUUUAUCAGUGACUUUUUUUUGUUAAUUUUGUCUUGCGUAUUUAUGUUACUAGUUCUAUUUUGUGCCUGGAGUUCUUGGGCAGUUUUUUUGUUGUUGUUCUCUAGCAGUGUGUGAGUUGUGUGGCUUUUUAUAUGGUUUUUGAACAGUAGUAAAACAUAUUGUUUCUUGUAAAAGUGGAGGCCUUGCACUGCCUCAGAUGCUGAUUCAUUAAUUUUGUUGAAACUGUGUUUCCGUAUGUAUCGGUCAAUAGACAGAUGUGUUGUAAACAAACCUGUGCCUUCUAGGUUUAACUUGUACACAGCAAACUUGAAAAUUCAAAAGGGACAUUUCAGUUAAGAUAAAUACUGUACAUCAGUCUAUGCAUAUAUGGCAGCUUCUUUCUGGAGCCACUUUCUCUACUUGUAGCAGUUCUUUUGAUAUCAAGAUUGUCUGGCUCUUAGUUUGAAUAGGCAGUUUGAUACAAGCUGAACAACAACAAAAUACAGCACUUUGCCAAAAAGUAGCAUUGCUUAAACAAUGUGUAUUUAAUAACACACCUUCCUUCUAUUUUCAUUUCAUGGUGCAUCUUGCACUUUAUGAAGAAACAUAUGAUCUUAACUAUCAAUAAAAAUUGGCCUAUUAAA